CAUCUUUAAUAUUUUUACAAUGACAGUGCCUGAACAAAAAAAAUACAAUGAUCAUCAACUAGAAUUGGAAGAUAAGAUGGUCUUGAUGAAACAUUAUGUGAAUUCUCCCCUCAAUGAAUGGCAAGUGACAUCUGAGAAAAAUGGGCUGAUUUUGAGUCAUCAGAAAUCCAAUCAUCCUUCUGGUGCUGUGGUGUUUCGUGGAGAUUAUCAUUAUCGCAAUGUCAACCUUCGUCCCUUGGAUAUGAGUUCUAUCAUCAUUUUUUCAACUUGUCGUCGGCAGUGGGAUAGUAAAUUUGAUGGAUCAGAAAUCAGAGUUAUUCGAUCACGGUAUAGUAGUUUGUCUUAUGGUAAAACCAAAGCAACCUGGCCUGCCGUUCCACGGGAUUUCUCCACCAUCACAUUACGACAGGUUGAACAAGAUGGGACAUUGUAUUUUGGAUUAUUUUCAAUAGAGGAUGAUGAGAUCAAUCCACCAGUGGCAGGGUUUGUACGAGGCCAAGUGAUUUGUUCAGGAUGGAAGAUUAGUCGAUACCAAAAUGGUUUGAUGUUGACAUUUAUCAAUCAACUGGAUAUGGGUGGCUCGGUGCCGCCUCUGUUGGCUAAACCCACGUUACAACAAGUCCCUCAAUGUGUGCAAAAGGUCACGCAGUAUCAUGACAAGUACGGAUUCCCCCCUACCACCACCAUCUAUCACUGUCAAUUCUUAGGUGAGGAUUUUGAUCAUCACUCUGCCACCUAUACUUUACAUCUCGCCCCACAAAAAGAAAGCAAUAACACGGAUGCUGAAGUGCUCUGUUGUCAUCGCAUGUUCCCGAACGGCUUUGAUGUCGUCGUCGUGCAAGGCCAUCUCAAAUAUACCAUUCUCCAACAGAACACAAAUCAAUUGGUGCAAUUGUCAAAUCUUGAGGACAAAGUUACCUUGCAGAUCAUCGGCAAGAAAAAGUGGAAAUAA